AUGUCGUCCACCAGCAACGCCUCCAUUGACAAGUUCAACGGAGACAAUUACGCAACGUGGAGCCGGUACAUGCGCGGUGUGUUUUUGACGAAGUCCGUCUGGCACGUCGUCAACCGUGAAGUGACUCCGACUUUCACCGACCCGCGAGCGUCCGAUGACUAUGUCAAGGCAAGCAACGUCGCGUUUGGUAUGAUGCUGCUGCACAUGAACGCGGACUACCAUCAUGUGCUGGACAACUGCGAGGAAGCCUGGGUUGCGUGGACAAGUCUGAAGACGCUGUACGGUGGGUCGCAGAAGGCAGGACGCAUCUACCUCAAGCGACAACUUUUCAGUAUCAAGAUGGCUGAAGGCGCGAACGUCAUGCAUCACUGCAACGAGGUCCUCAACAUCUCCGCCAAGCUUAGCGGCAUCGGUGCGAAGAUGGAAGACGAAGACGUUGCAAUUUGUCUGCUACUCAGUCUUCCGAAGAGCUACGAAAAUGUGGUGCUCAACAUGGAAAUGAGCAGCACCGAGCUUCGCACUCAAGAUGUGGUGAGAGUCCUGACGAAUGAGCAUGCCAAGCGUCAAGGAGAAAAGGGGACAACGACAGCGACUACGGUGAAGGCUGAAGAUGCAAGCAAGGCAUUCAGCGCCGAGCGUGAGCCCUACCAAUGCACGUAUUGUGGCAAGGUGGGACACACGGUGGAUCGUUGCUGGACAAAGCAGAAGAACGAAGGUCAGGGAGCCCGACGCGGCGGCAAUGGUCGUGGACGCGGGGCUAACAAUGUCCAGUGGGGACAUCAUGAUGAAGGCAAUGGCUACGAUCGAGUGGCGUUUGCAGUCUCGUUCGAAUGUGGAGUUUCGACGAGCAAGGACGUGUCUGGAAUGUGGGCCGUCGACAGUGGUGCAACGCACCACAUUUGCCACGACAAGACCAAGUUCGCAAGUUUGGCAGAGCGCAAUGAGGGCGAACUCUUGGUGGCUGAUGGCAACAAGGUGGCCAUCAAGGGUGUGGGAACCAUCAUGGAAAAGGUGGUUCUGCCCAACGGUGAAGAGCGUGAGAUCGAAAUCAAGAACGCGCUAUAUGUUCCAAGUAUGAGCAAGAACCUGCUCUCGGUGCCACAGAUUAACAGCCAUGGCAAGUUUCAAGUCGUGUUUGACGGGUCCAAGAUGUAUGUGACUCUCAAGAACUCACAGCAAGUGGUGGCGACAGCGGAUCUCGUGGAUGGACUCUACUGGCUUCGGACGACUCAACGAUCAGCGAAUGUGACAACAAGUGGAACCAGUUGUGCCGAUCUACAUGCGAGAAUGGGUCAUGCUCCAGUCGAUGUACUUCGCAAGAUGAUCGCGACCAACAUGAUCAAGGAUGUGCGAGUCCCUCUCAAGUCGGGUGGAGCAACUACAUGUCGAGGAUGUCAACAAGGGAAAAUGGUCCAAAAACCAUUUCCAAGCAACCGAGACAAGCGCAGCUACGAUACGUUUGAGCUACUUCAUCUGGACAUCUGCGGGCCCAUGGAAAAGGAUUCGCUCGGUGGCAGCAAAUAUUUGCUGCUGAUCAUCGACGAAGCCAGUGGAUGCAUGAAGGGCUUUUGUCUACGAGUGAAAUCCGAGAGUGAAGACUACAUCCGGAAAUAUAUCACCAUGGUACAGACGCAAUUCUGUAAGAAGGUCAAGUUCGUGCGACACGACGGAGCUCGCGAGUUUGCAACCAACUCGCUUCAACUGUUCUACGAAGACGAAGGCAUUGAACAGCAGACAACGCAUGCUUCAUCAUGCCAAACUGGACAAGUGUUUCUGGGCCGAAGCAGCGAUGACGGCCAUCUACGUCAGAAUCGACUGCCGUCACCUAAAGUCGUGCACAAGACCCCGUUUGAGAUCGUCUACAACUUGAAACCAAGCGUCAAGCACAUGCGAACAUUCGGGUGUCAGACAUACAUACUGACGCCUAAAGAGAAUCGACUCAAGUGGGAUCCAAAGGCUCGCGCUGGCAUAUUCGUGGGCUACGAAGAAGUUUCGAAGGCAUAUCGUGUUUAUGACAUCGAGGCGGGGCAGGUGGUUAUCAGCCGCGAUGUCAACUUCGACGAGUCCACCUUUGGACUUCAACUGCCGAUCACUGAUGAAGAUGUCGAUGACCUGGACUUCGAAUUGCUGGAUCUUGAUGACGAAGAGCUGCGUCAAAUGGAGUACAAGCAAACAGGCAAGCGCAAGAACCGACUCAAUGAUGAAGAUACAGCAGCUCCACGACCGCGUGCAGUGCGUCAACGACCAGGACUAGAAGAGUCAAGCGCGCCGGAAAACAACUCGUCACGCCAAGAAGAAGACGAAGAAACGAAGGAUUCUGGUGAUUCAACACCGCCUGUGUUUUGGCGUGCGAGUGCAAAUGCCGUUGAAGCAGCAGUGGACUUAUCAGAGCCCUCAACAUUUGAAGCAGCAGUAAGCGGCCCUGACCAAGUGCACUGGAGAAAAGCAAUUCAUGCAGAGCUCGAGUCAAUGCGACUUCGCGGUGUGUUUCGUGCAGCCAAGCUGCCCAACGGACAACGCGCCAUUGGCACAAAAUGGGUGUUCAAGAUCAAGCGCAAGGCGGAUGGAUCUAUCGAGAAGUACAAGGCACGUCUCGCGGCAAAGGGCUUUCGCUCGAAGUAUGGAAUCGACUACACGGAGACGUUUUCUCCCGUGGUCAAGCAUGUGACGCUGAGAAUGGUGAUCGCAAUUUCCAAGCAUUUUGGAUGGCCCAUCGACCAGCUUGAUGUGGUGACAGCUUUCCUGUAUGGCGUCAUGAAGGAACAAGUGUUCUGCGUGAUUCCUGAAGGCGUCGAACUUGACAGUACGUUCGACUGCCUGGAAUUGGUGAAGGCAAUUUACGGCCUGAAGCAAGCUUUGCGAGUAUGGAACGAGACUUUUGACGAGUGUGUGUGUUCCAUUGGAUUUCAAGUGUCAGGCUUCGACCCAUGUCUCUACAUCAAGACUUCGGACGGCCAUUGCGUGUUUAUACUGGUCUACGUGGACGACGUCUUGGUGACUGGAAGCUCGCUCGAGCUGAUUGCACAAACCAAGAACGACCUGAAGACGCGGUUCGAAAUGACGGACAGCGGCAAGUGUGCGUUUGUUCUUGGGAUCGAGCUUUGGACGGUGAAGAUGGCAGUGUGA